AUGACUUUAAAGACUCGUGCUGUUAUUGUUGCCGCUCAAAGAACACCAAUCGGUUCCUUCCUUGGUAAACUCUCUGGAUUUGAUGCACCAAAAUUAGGUUCAUUGGCCAUUCGUUCUGCCCUUCAAAAAUCAGGUGUUACACUCUCCGAAGUACAAGAAGUAAUUAUGGGCAAUGUUAUUUCUGCUAAUUUGGGUCAAGCUCCAGCUCGCCAAGCUUGUAUUCAUGCUGGUCUUCCAGAUAGUGUCGUUUGUACAACACUCAACAAGAUGUGUGCUUCUGGUAUGAAGGCUGUCAUGUAUGGUACUCAAUCAAUUGAAUUAGGAAUCCAUAAUUGUGUUGUUGCUGGUGGUUUUGAAUCUAUGAGUAAUGCACCAUAUUAUGUUCCACACGGAAGAUCUGGUCACAGAUUAGGUGAUGGUAAAUUGGUUGACUCAAUUUUGAAGGAUGGUUUGACUGAUGCCUUCAGUAAUGAACAUAUGGGUUGGUGUGCUGAACAUACUGCCAAAUCAUUUGGUAUUACUCGUGAAGAUCAAGAUAACUAUGCAAUUGAAUCAUAUAAUAGAGCUCGUGAAGCUAAUGAAAAGGGAUAUAUGGCUAAUGAAAUGUUCUCGAUUGCUCUUCCAACAAAGAAGAAGGGUGAUGUUGUCAGCUAUCUCCAAAAAGAUGAAGAAUAUACUAACAUUAACUUUGAUAAGGUUCCACAACUCAAGCCAGUUUUUAUGAAGGAUGGUACUGUCACCGCUGCCAAUGCUUCCACACUGUCUGAUGGUGGUGCUGCUUUAGUUUUGAUGAGUGAACAAAAGGCCAAGAAUGCUGGUUUGAAGCCAAUUGCUAGAAUUUUGGGUUAUGGUGAUGCUGAAAAGGCUCCAAUUGAUUUCCCAACUGCUCCUUCUGCUGCUGUUCCAAUUGCUUUGAGACAUGCUGGUGUUAAUAUUGGUGAUGUUGAUUUGUGGGAAGUUAAUGAAGCUUUCUCUGUUGUUGCCCUUGCUAAUAUGAAGAUUCUUGGAUUGGAUGUUAGUAAUGUAAACAUCUUUGGUGGUGCUGUUUCAUUGGGUCACCCAAUUGGUUGUUCAGGUGCUAGAAUUCUCUGUACUUUGAUCAGUGCUCUCCAACAUAGAAAUCAAGAAAUUGGUUGUGCUUCCAUUUGUAAUGGUGGUGGUGGUGCUUCAGCAGUUGUUAUUGAACGUCUUGCUUAA